CAGGUGAUCAUGCCUGCUACCUCGGCCGCCGCCGCCACAGUCGUGACCAGCCCUGAACUGAUGCGAUGCAUCUUCGCACAUCAAUGCGGCGUCUAUGAAGACAUCCUACCUUUGACCAAACUUUUACCCCUCCAUCUGUCGAACCGAUCACUGUACUUCCUCAUGAUCGGCAACUACCCUGUGUUCCGACACCACCUCGACCACUUCGCGCGUGGGUUUACGCCUUGGUUGAAGGUCCACGGCACGUCCAGCCUCCCUCGGCUAUUCACAUGCGUCAUCUCGAUGCCAUUCACGGUGGAGCUGUUUUCUGCAUGCGUUGGCCACCUGGACAUUGUCGACUUCUUGAUAGACCAUGACUACGUGGAUCCAUCGAUUCCGCUGAUGGACUUAGCAGCAUGGGCUGGUCAAUUGGCAGUCAUGACACACCUUUUGGCCCGGAAACCUCGCGAUGAAACCUCCAAGCACCACACACUCACGCCCACAACCCUCGACUGGGCGGCGUGCAAUGGGCAGUUGAAUGUUGUGCAAUAUUUCACAAAGACGAUGAUGGCGCCUUGUACGACUGACGCCAUGGACGGCGCUGCGCGAUGUGGCCAUUUGGACGUGGUGCAAUAUUUGCAUGCGAAUCGACACGAGGGAUGUACGACCGACGCAAUGGAUCGCGCGGCGUGCUAUGGAUUUCUAGAUGUCGUCCAAUUCCUACAUGUGCAUCGACAGGAAGGAUGCACCCACCGCGCGAUGGACGCCGCCGCGACCGGUGGACAUUUGGAGAUUGUACAAUUUCUCAACGAACGGCGAGACGAAGGCGCGUCGUCCGACGCCAUGGACGGCGCGAUUCUCAAUGGGCAUUUGAACGUUGUGAAGUACUUGGUGGACCACAGCAGCGUUUCCACGUCAUCGGUCGACGUGCUCCACGCGGCUCUGGCCCUGGGCGACCAACCCAUGACGGCGUUUUUGAUGAACCGAUUUUGUCUGGAAGGGGACUUCUGGUCGGACGAGGAUAACCACCACAAUGACGUCGUCGACUACGGCAUAAUCACAGGAUUCUAACACGAAAUACUCGACUUCAACUUCAA